GACGGCGAAUCUACGGCGCGCCACUUGUGACCAAGAUCAUCACAAGCGGAGGCGGACGGCUCCCCCCGUGCGGUACUUGUGCUGGGAAAGGAUCUACCAGUAAUACUAUAACUGUGUCCUAUACUGCCUUCAUUAAGAAUGGAUAGAGAGGAUUAUCAGAAGACUGAUGAAGUGGAUAAGAGUUUACAAAAUGAACAAACAGUGUCUUUGAGAAAUACAUCAGUAGAAAAUGUGGAAGGUGAUUCCUUAUCUAACCAGAAAACAGGUCCCUUAUUAAGUGAAGUGCAUAGAAACCUUAAGAAGACAGAAGAAGAGAAUGGUACAAACAAAAGGGCAUCAUCAGAAUUGACAAGACCAGACAGUACUGAAGGGAACCAAUCUGAAAAUGAACCCCUCUCAAAAAGAAUAAAGCUGAAUUUUUCCAAACAUGUUCAAGCAGAUGAAGGCAAAUCACACAAACUCACAAUUAAACAGGAGUCAAUUGCAAAAACAGGUAGUAAAACAGAUGGAACUAUAAAGAAGGCAGCUGUAGUGGGCUGUCUCAGUGGUGAGACUUUACUUUCAAAUUGCUUGUGCUCACAUUGUGACUUCAGUGCUACUGAUGAAGCUGCAUUGAAAAUUCAUUUGGAAAAUAAACAUUCACAAGAGGCUCCAUCUUCUUUCCAAGCGGAAAAAAUCCGUGUUAGCUGUAUGGUUGAAAACAUAGACGUUUUUAAAUGCAAAACCUGUGAUCGGUUUUUUUCGUCUUGCCUUGAUCUGGAAAACCAUAUUCAAGAGAGCCACUCAAAACAACCCAAAGAAUAUAUUUGCCCUCACUGCACUUAUGAAGCAGAAUAUAAUUCAGCUUUACAAACACAUGUCAAGCAAGCUCAUGGACAAUCCAGAAUCUUCUGUUGUGAUCUCUGCGGUUUUCAGUGUGUCGAGGAGAAGCUCUUACAGUCUCAUUUUCUUGGCAAGACGCACCUCCGGCGUCAAAAUCUUGCUGCACGAGGAGGAUUCGUACAAAUAUUGACAAAAAAAUCCUUUAAUAAAAAACAGUAUUCAGCAGUCAAAGAGAAGAAUGUGAGAGCAAAACCGGGGACCAAUAAAUCAAGGACAAGAACUGCUGAUUCAAAAGAAUUAAGAAAUGCUCGCAAUAAACUGAAGUACUCAAAAGUAAGCUUUUCUAAACAAAGUGAUGGCAACGAACUUUUUGUCGAAAUGAUACCUUCUAAAAAUAUUACCACUGAAAAUACAGAGACUGUUACAGAGGAAAAAGUAUUUUCCCUCAGCGCAGAAGGAAAUCAUGAUGUCUCAACUCAAAAGAGAGAAAUAUCAGGGUCCUCAGAAGACAAACUGGACCAACCAGAACAUGCUAAUAGUACCAAAAAGAUAACUAGCAUUUUAAAUACAGGGCAGUUUGAUAGAACAGAGUAUAAAAGAAGCAUUUUAUCAUUAAGACCGUCUUUCAAGAGAAGUACCUCUUUCAGAUUAAAAAGGCAGGUUAAAAGAAGAUAUAAUUUAUUAGGUAUUAAUAAAAAAGGAAAACCUGACUCUCAUACAAUCCAUAUGAAGGACAAUUACAGUAUACAGCAUAAACCAGGCAAUGUAAUACCCAAAUCUUCUAAAGAAUUAGAAUCGGAUAGCAGUCAAUAUAAGGCUACCUCAGAAACACAGGAUCUUACUAAAGAUAGGACGAACAUGUGCUCUUCCAGUACUGUAGAAACUGAGGAUCCUCAGAUGAAACUCUUGGUUGGCCAUGGUGUUCUACACACUUGUACUUACUGUGGUCAGGAUUUUCAGAACAGAAAAAGUUUAGAAAUUCAUGUUAUAAGCCAUUCAACUAAGGAAAUGCUGUUUCAAUGUCAGAUGUGUAGCCACUCAUCUUUAAUCAGGGAGGACAUGGAGCAACACUGUCAAAGCAAUAAACAUCAAAUGAAGGAUUUCAGCUUUAAUUGUCAGGUCUGUUCAUUCCCUUGUUUGAGUGACAUAAGCCUUAGAAGCCACAUGAAUGCAGAGCAUAACAUGCCCCAUAAUUGUUCUAUUUGUCAUCUAUAUUUUCUAACCGAGGAAGAACUGAUAGAACAUAAAACAUCUGAGAAGCAUGUUUGUUUGUUAGCUCAACAAAAUACUUCUCCACCAACUAACAGUGAUUUAUCUUUGCAAACUGUAGCUUAUGCUAUUUCAGAAUCAAAUGAUAGCCUUCAAAAAGUUGGAGAUGAAAUAGAAGUGAAGAGGCAGGAAGAGGCCCCAAAGCCAUCUGUGGUAAAUCAGGGAAAUGAGCUAAAGCACUCAGUUUUGAGCAAAACCCAGUUUCAAUGUAAAAAGUGUUUUUAUAAAACAAGAUCCUCCACUGUUCUUACAAGACACAUAAAACUUCGGCAUGCACAAGGAUAUCAUUUUCUUUGCAAAGCGUGUAACCUUUAUUCCCUGAGCAAAGAAGGAAUGGAAAAACAUAUUAAAAGAAGCAAGCACCUUGAAAAUGCCAGAAAAAAUAAUAUUGGUUUACGUUUUGAGGAGUGUAUUGAAAAGGUAUAUGUAGGUGCAAGUGACAUUAAAAGAAUAAUGGAGCCUUCCCUUUCUGGGAAUGUGAAUUCUGAAUUAGAUAAAAGCAUACAAACACCAUCCUCUACUUUAGAGAGCAUAUCGACCAUUAAAGACUUAGUUCCAUCUGGUGAACUUACUGAAAGUGAAAUAAUUUUGGCCCAUGCACCAAAGAAAGGGAGACCGAAAGGCACCAGCUCUAGGACGUGCAUCCAUUGUGGUCUUCUGGCCUCCAGCGUGACAAACCUGACUGUUCAUAUUAGACGAAAACACAGUCACCAGUACAGCUAUUUGUGUAAAGUCUGCAAUUAUUAUACUGUAACCAAAGGAGAUAUGGAGCGUCAUUGUGCCACCAAGAAACAUAAAGGCCGGGUUGAAAUGGAAGCAAAUGGUAAACAAAAUCCAGAGAUAAUUGCUUGUCCAGAAUUAGGUACUUUUGACUCUAGUAGCAAAAAGAUCAGCAGUCUUAUGGGUGUUUUGAAUGACAGUGUUGAGGAUGGUAGCCAGUCAUCAGAUUUGGAUACUUCCAUCUUGGAAAAUCAGGAAGACAACCAGGGAAAUACUUCUGUUGAAGUAGAAGUCGAAAAUGUACUUCAGUUAGCAGAUCUAGAAUAUACUAAGAACUCUGUAAAUAUAAAACGGCACAUACUUAUGGAACCAAAUAAUGCUACCCGAGAUUGUGACCCAUGUUUUCAGAGAAGAAUGUUGGUUAUGAAUGAUAACAAAUGUGGACACUGCAACUUUAUUGCUCAUUCUUCUUCUUCUCUAGAAUUACAUGUAAAACGGAAGCAUACCAAGGAAUUUGAAUACUAUUGCAUGGCUUGUGACUACUAUGCAGUUACUCGCAGAGAGAUGUCUAGACAUGCAGCAACAGAGAAGCAUAAAAUUAAAAGAGAAUCUUAUGUUUGCUCUUCAUCUGGAGAGGAAGUAGAUACAACAAAUGUUGCCAAAGAAACCAACUGUAUGUCUCAUGAGGAGGAUCAACAAGAUGCAGAACAAUUUCAAACAAUCUUAGGGGAAACAAAAUAUGCCAACAGUGGUAAAACACAAGAGGAUCAAGUGGAGAAAAAUGUAUCUGAUUGUUCUGCCUUAGAUGAAAACACAUCUUCAGAAAUUUCUAAAGAAAAUGAUGCCUGCAAAACAAUAGAAGAUAAGAUUGAGGAGGAAUCUGAUCAAGAAAGUACAAAUCUCAUUUGUGAAGUCUUUCCACAAACUCCUAAAAAAGAUGAAGUUGCUAGAUUUGAUGAGCUGAUACCACUUAAAGAGGCAGACCGUUGUGGUUUGCAGGAAAGUAGGCAUGACCAAGACCUACUUAAUGCAGAUUUCCAGUGCACUACAGCAAAUCAAAAUGUGUCAAAUGAUAGUGAUGCCCCAAAUUUGAAUUUCAAAGAAAGCGGGAAAAGCUUGGGAGGAAAUGGAGAAAAUAUUGAAAAAGUAGAUGAAAAUACUGAAGUUUUUGAAGAAAGGUUGCUAACAGAAAGUACUCCAAUUGAGCCAAGUCUUCCAGAAACAUGUGAUAUAGUAGAUCAGUCAAACCUUGAUAGAAACACUGAGGAAGCAGUACAAAGUAUACAUAGUUUAGAGGAUGACAGAAGUUUCCAAGGGGUUCCUGCUGUGGAGGAGGAAGCCCUUAUGGAAGCACAACGUGAAGCAGAAAUCACUAUAAAUAACAACAUUUGGGAGGCAGAUGGCUCAACAGCUGAGAGUAUGCAAGAAACUAGUAGUGAAGCUUUGGUAACUGUUAUCAGUUCUGAUGAUAAAGGAAAGGCAAUGCAGAACGUUGACCAGUUUGAUGCUUCUAUAGUGCGGCUAAAAAGUCAUCAAGAUGGUGAGUCCACUGACCACUCUGAUGAAGGACAGGUAUCAGGUGGAGUGAAAGUUAAUGAGCUAAUUGUGAAAACAGACAGCUCACAAGCUGGUGGGAAAAAGAAGAAAUGUGAAGGUAAUUCCACUGGAGAAUCAACACGUAUUCGUUGUGAUGACUGUGGUUUUUUAGCAGAUGGUUUAAGUGGACUGAAUGUUCACAUAGCCAUGAAACAUCCUUCAAAAGAGAAACAUUUUCACUGUUUACUCUGUGGAAAAUCAUUUUACACAGAAAGUAACCUUCACCAACAUUUGGCUAGUGCUGGUCACAUGAGAAAUGAACAGGCAAGUGUGGAAGAGCUACCCGAAGGAGGCGCCACCUUUAAAUGUGUUAAGUGCACAGAGCCUUUUGAUUCUGAACAGAAUUUGUUUCUCCAUAUUAAAGAGCAACAUGAAGAAUUAUUGCGGGAGGUGAAUAAGUACAUUGUGGAAGACACUGAGCAAAUCAACAGAGAAAGAGAGGAAAAUCAAGGCAAUGUCUGCAAAUAUUGUGGGAAGAUGUGUAGAAGUAGCAAUUCUAUGGCUUUUCUUGCUCAUAUUCGUACUCAUACAGGAUCAAAGCCAUUCAAGUGCAAGAUAUGCCACUUUGCAACAGCUCAGCUCGGAGAUGCCAGAAACCAUGUCAAGAGGCACCUUGGGAUGAGGGAAUACAAGUGUCAUGUCUGUGGGGUGGCAUUUGUGAUGAAGAAACACCUAAAUACUCACUUACUGGGCAAGCAUGGCGUUGGUACACCAAAAGAAAGGAAAUUUACAUGUCACUUGUGUGACAGAAGCUUCACAGAGAAGUGGGCAUUGAACAACCAUAUGAAAUUGCACACAGGAGAGAAGCCAUUUAAGUGUACCUGGCCUACAUGCCAUUAUUCUUUCCUCACAGCUUCUGCAAUGAAAGACCACUAUAGGACGCAUACAGGCGAGAAGUCGUUCCUAUGUGACCUUUGUGGCUUUGCCGGCGGGACACGUCAUGCCCUCACCAAGCAUCGGAGGCAGCACACAGGGGAGAAACCAUUCAAAUGUGAUGAGUGUAACUUUGCUUCUACAACACAGUCACAUCUGACACGACAUAAGCGUGUCCAUACUGGAGAAAAGCCUUACAGAUGUCCCUGGUGUGACUACAGGUCUAACUGUGCUGAAAAUAUCCGUAAGCAUAUCUUACACACAGGAAAGCAUGAAGGAGUAAAGAUGUAUAACUGCCCCAAAUGUGAUUAUGGAACCAAUAUCCCAGUGGAAUUUCGUAACCACCUGAAAGAAUUGCAUCCAGACAUCGAAAAUCCUGAUCUGGCUUACUUGCAUGCCGGCAUCGUAUCCAAGUCCUAUGAGUGCCGGCUAAAGGGGCAGGGAGCAACCUUUGUGGAGACCACUAGCUCUUUUACUGCAGCAGCACUGGGAGAACUUUCUCCAGUUAAAGAGAAGGUCCUUCGAAGUAGCAGAAGACAGCCAUCAUCAGCUGAACAAGUGCAGCAGUUUAUUAUUAUUCAAGGAUAUGAUGGAGACUUUGCAAUUGAUGCUUCUGUGGAAGAAACAGCAGCAGCUACCCUUCAGACUUUGGCAAUGGCUGGUCAAGUGGCAAGAGUGGUCCAUAUCACAGAAGAUGGGCAAGUUAUAGCCACAAGUCAAAAUGGUUCUCAUGUGAGCAACAUAGUCCCAGGACAGAUACUUACUGAGCAAUUAUCAGACGGUACAACCCAACUGGUAGUUGCUCAAGUGGUUGAAGGCUCUGUUGGAGGAAGUGAUGUUGAGGAGGCUGUUCCCAUAGAGGCAGCUCCUGAUUCCAGUAGUGCUGUGGUGCAGCAGAUAAUGAAACAAGAAGUUUUAGAUGCUGCAGAAGGUACAGUACAUCCUCCAGACUCUUCCUCAGCAUUUGAUGCCCUGCUUUGUGCUGUAACAGAGCUGGGCGAAGUGGAAAUCAAAACUGAACUGGACAGAACAAGAUCUGAUCACAAAGAUUUGUCACAAAUACCAAAUCAAGAGACACCUAAUAUUUCUAGUGACACUGAGACACAAGAAAUACAGAUGUUCCAUGAAGUUCAAGAGACUCAGGAAGAUAUGCAACCUAUGGAAGUAGUGACACAGGUCAUGCACCCAUCUACUAUAAUUGCAUCUCAGGAGAGAGCUCAAGCCGCCUUCAAGAAAAUGGUCCAAGGAGUACUGCAGUUUGCUGUAUGUGACACGGCUGCAGCAGACCAGCUGAUGAAAGAAGGUGUCACUCAGGUUAUUGUAAAUGAGGAAGGGACUGUGCAUAUGGUGGCUAGAGAAGGUUCUCAAAUAAUAAUGCAAGAAACCGCUAACCAUUCACUUAGCGUCCAAAGCGAACACAUGGAUUUAGUUGAGUCUGAUGGGGAAAUUUCACAGAUCAUUGUCACAGAAGAAAUAGCUCAAGCUAUGGUUCAGGGUUCCAGUGGCAACUUCUCUGAAGGUGCAACCCAUUACAUUGUAACAGAAUUAUCACAAGAUAUGCAGAAUGAGACUGGUGUGUAUUCACACACUGUGAUAGAGACAGCCGAGUCUCAAGAGAUUUUGCAGUCUAGUUCUGCUGUAAACUCUGAAGCGUCUCCCAGUGGAACAGAACAGUUAACUAGUAUGGUCAUUUAUAAAAAGGGUGGCUCACAAGCAGUGGUAAUUCAGGGCCAAAGAAAUGAUAAUGAACUACAAGAAGCUUGAAGACCUCUAUCUUGUAGGCUUGAUGCAUGGCAGGUUUGAAAAAUUAACAGAUACAUGUAGGCAGUGUAAUCUCUGAAUUUAAUUUGUAAAACUUUGAACUAUAAUAUUCCUUCAUCCAGACUACCAAAUGUGCACACUGUAUGAAAGGAAUGUCAGCUGUUGGAAAAAUCAUGCAAUGAGGGUGUUACCUUCUUGUUGCAAUGGAGUUUACCUAAAUACAAUUAAUAUGGGUUGUUUUUUUUUUAAUUCGGGCCUAAUAUGGUGAGACAAAGGAUGCAGUCCCCCAAAAAGAGUUGGAUGUGAUUCUGUUUGUUGGUUUGGAUUCUUUUGUUAAUGGUUAUUUAUUUCAGAGUCUGUGUCUUUUUCUGUUAAGCAUAAUCACAAAAACAAUAAAUUUCAAAGUUUUUACUUUACAGAUUCAUUUUACAAACAAAGUAAAGAAAUAAAACCCAAACUCCUGCAUGUGGUUAAUAAAUGUGAGGUUGAUCAGUACAAGUUAGACACCACAACUGUUGUCCACACUUCAUUAAAAGAAGAAAAUGUGACAUUUGCCUUUCCAAUGCCUCUUCUAUAAAAACCAUCUCAGCAAAACAGCAAUUCCUUAGUUUGCAUCUAAGAAUCAGUUUUCUUUAACUGUAGUUUAACACUUUCCUUGUUCUGCAUUGGACUUCUCAUACAAGAGAUUUCUAAAAUCUACACUUUAGUCUUCAUACACAUAUAUUUG